AUGUCCGUCCUCGCCCCUACAUCCAGAUUGACACCACCAACCAUCAUGGGAGAGACCACAGGACCCGCCAUUCCGCCCAUCUACUGGCUCCCCGACGAGCUCCUCGAAAUCAUCGUCUCCUACCUCCCACCACCAGACACAAUCGCCUUGGGCGCCACCUCGAAGCGAUCGAACAAAAUCACACGUGGGCCACUUGUCUGGCGGCGACAUUGCGUGCAGACAUGGCGUCACUGGAAUCCGCGACACGCUCUUCAGGGCAGACUAGAUUCCCCACCCACACACACCAAGUGGCAUCACCUCUUCCACGAGCGGCGGAAGAUGGAUCGGGAUGUUCAGGAACUGUUCAAUGAAAUGCUGCUCACGCAGCAGAAGCGGUACGCCAGGAUGGAAACGAUCGCUGACCAUGGAUAUGACGUGAAGGAUCUCAUCAUGAGCAUACGUGACACAACACCUGACGACGCCGAGGAUGUGCUGGCGAGGAGGUACCAUGCUGAUCGCGUGCUGGGGCAGCUUCACAGAGCAGAAGCGAUAGACAAGUGGAGGCGCGUGGCCAAUCGACAGAUGGUGAGGUUGGAGGAGGUGCUUGGUGCAUAUGACUUGUUCGUGCUGAAUGGGAAGAAUGGAGACCUGCGAGACAUCGAUCGGGAGUUCGAUCGUCUAGCAGAGGGUAUCAAAGCACGAGACGAGGACUGGGAAGAGUUGACCAUACGGCGGAAAGCGGUACAAGUGUCAAAGUAUCUUCGAAGUGAAGGACUGGUCGGUAAUCCCAGCGAAGACGACUACCAUGCCCUGCGGAACAACUUCAUAUCGAUUGCUCUGUUCAACGAACCGCACACCUCGUUGCCGCUGCAGAGUGUUGCCAUCUACUGCGCUGUUGCGAGGAGAUUAGGCAUCAACGCGAAGCCUUCAAACUAUCCCCAGCAUGUCCACGCAGUCAUCGAAGCACCACCCGACAGGACUCUGGAUGGCAAGUACAAGACCGCAAUCCAAGGCGCUGCACCCGAGCUUAUGCAUCUCGAUCCUUGGCGAAGCAGCGACGAGAUACCCCAUGAACAUCUGGCGCUCAGGCUCCUACAGAUGGGCGCCCCAGAACACCAACAUGCCCAGCAUCUUGGGCCAACUUCAACCAUGGAGGUCGCGCUACGCACCUCGCGCAACAUCAUGAACAGCGUCCAUCAAGCACGCGAACGUCAUCGUGGCCCAACAAGACGUGGGUCAUAUCCUGAUGUAGAAGCUUCGUGGUACGCGAUGGUAUGGUCAAUGCUGGUGCUGGGCGACAGCAACUCAGCUUCCUCCCUCCACCGCCGCCGACAAUGCCUACCCUACCUCAUCCAACAGUUCCAAGCCCACUUCCCAGAAGACAUGGGCCUGAUCGAGAAAGAAAUUGUCCCCAUCUUCCGCGGCGAGCGCGAGCACGACGUCAUGCUAGAGCUCAUCGAGCGGAACCGCAUCGACGACCGCAACGCCAAAGCCCCCUCACCCCGCAGCAACCUCACCUCAGCAGUAAAGUACAAAAUCGGCCACCACUUCCGACACAAACGCUACGACUACGAAGGUUUCAUCAUCGGCUGGGACCUGAAGUGCGAAGCAGACGCUCAAUGGAUCCAGCAAAUGCGUGUGGACUCUCUGCCCAAUGGGAGGAAUCAGCCUUUCUACAAUGUGGUUGCCGAGGACGAGUCGGUGAGAUAUGUCGCGGCGGAGAAUAUUGAGGUGGUGGAGGAGGAGCCGUCGCAGAGUUUGAUGAAGAUGGCGGGCAAGUAUUUCAAGCGCUGGGAUGGGGAGCGGAAGGUGUUUGUGAGUAAUGUUAGGGAUGAGUAUCCGGAUGAUUGA